UGCCUUACGAGUUUUGCUUGACAGGAAAUGACAGGUGUCUGACUACAGGAUCAGAGCUGUGUGUUUUUUUUCUCUGCCUUCAGAGCCCUUUCUAGAGGAUAUCAUUUAGCACUGGAUGGAUUUUGUUAACUGAGGCUGGUCAGUAAAUCAGAUACAACGAUGAGUAAGAUCACCAAGCUUUUCAAGCCCUCUGGAUCCUCUUCAAGAGGUCGCAAGGGGGGUCCAAGUGCUCAGGAAGCUCUCUUCAGACUCCGGGAAACAGAAGAAAUGUUAACCAAAAAACAGGAGUACUUGGAAAAGAAAAUUGAACAGGAGCUGGCUACAGCAAGGAAGCACGGGACCAAGAACAAGAGGGCUGCAUUACAAGCACUGAAAAAAAAGAAGAGACUGGAGAAGCAGUUAACACAGAUAGAUGGGACACUGUCCACCAUUGAGUUCCAGAGAGAAGCUCUUGAGAAUUCCCACACCAACACAGAGGUUUUGAAAAACAUGGGUUAUGCUGCCAAAGCUAUGAAAACAGUCCACCAAAACAUGGAUCUGGAUAAGAUCGAUGAAUUGAUGCAGGACAUCAACGAACAGCAGGACGUAGCACAAGAAAUUUCUGAAGCCAUUUCUCGCCCCUCUGGUUUUGGUGAGGAGUUUGAUGAGGAUGAGUUACUGGCAGAAUUAGAAGAACUAGAACAAGAAGAUCUCAACAAACAUAUGGCCAAUGUCAGGUUACCAAGCGUGCCAUCCUCAAAACUACCAUCCAGACCAGCAGUGUCGACAAGGAAGAGGGUGGAAGAUGAUGAUGACAUGCAGAUGCUGGCGGCCUGGGCUACCUAAUCAGGAACUAUAUCAGCCGGCAUUCCCCAACCAGUGCCUAUAUGUGCCACCCCCCCCCCCCCCCCCCCCCGCAUUUGACUUUCCAACAGGUGACAGCUGCAGAUGCUUUUUGUGGAUCAAUGACACAUGGGAUGUCACAGCAAUGAUGAAACGUGGUACCAGGCUAAGGACCUCAUCAUUGUCACUUGGCUUCUGGGUCAGGAUGAUAUUAUGGAGACAUCUGGCACUAUAAUGUGGACUGACAAACUGAACAUUAACAAAGCAUCACUGCCAUGUGGCAUUUUUCGCAGCGACAAGUUCUCCUUCAUUAUUCAAAUGUCACCUUUUUUUUUUUUUUACAUGUGUUUGACCUGAGUCAAAUACAGCUCAAUGUUUGGACGGCGGCUCUCAUGAUAGUACAGGAUGGGGACCUCUGCUCUAUACAGAUUUGUACAGAUGUGUAAAUUGUAUGAUUUAUAUUGCCUAUAUCCAUACGUGUGCUCUUGUACUGCAGAUCAGGGAUAGCAAAUGUGAGAUCUGUCCUGAAAUACACUCAUAUAUCGUUG